AUGUUUAUGAAUUCGCCGACGGACGAGAACGUCUCGCUGUCUCUGACCUUCCUCGGGAAGAAAAUCCUCCGCAGCUCUUCCGUUGCCCCGGCACUGAAACAGCGGGCCUGGGAAACCGCCGCUGCCUUGCCCUCCGAUUCUGACGUUUCCAUGGAGACGGGCCGUAGGGCGGGCCGCUCCCGGAACUCGUUCCUGGAGGAGUUGCCCGGGAGCGUCCCAGACCUGCGGGAGGAGGUCCGGCGAUGUCCGCCCUGCCCGGUCCGCAACACCCACCUGGACCGAGACGCUGCCCCAGGUAAAAUCCGGGUGUUCUGUCGCAUACGGCCCAUGAACAGAACAGAGACGGCUGGCGGAAGCAAACCGGUGGUCGACUGUGUGGACGAGUACUCCGUCGUCGUGGAAACGCCGCGGGGUUUAAAAGAGUUCCAGUUCGACAAAGUUUUCAGCACAGCCAGCUCGCAGGAGGAGGUCUUCCAGGACACAAGCAGGUUGAUCCAGUCGGCCAUAGACGGUUUCAACGUCUGCAUCUUCUCGUACGGGCAGACAGGCUCAGGGAAGACCUUCACUAUGGUCGGCGACAAAGACCUAAGGAACCCUGGUAUCAUGCCCAGAGCUUUCCGGAAGAUAUUUGAUCUUAUCCAGGAGAAUGCCUCCAAGUUCGAUUUCAAGGUCUCGGCCUACAUGCUGGAGCUUUACAACGACCGCCUGCUGGACCUCUUCGUCAGCCCCGCCGAGGCUUUCGGCAGGAAAAUCGAAAUUAAGAAGGACAAAAAGGGUCUUGUUUUUGCUCAGGGAGCUGAGACAAUGGCGGCCGGCAGUGCCGAGCAGCUCUUGGCGCUGUUGGAGCAGGGCUGCGCCAACCGCCACAUCGCGGCCACAAAGAUGAACAUGGAGAGCUCCCGCUCUCACCUGAUCAUUGGGAUCACCAUCGAGAGCACCAACCUAACCAACGGGAGCGUGAGCUACGGGAAGCUGAGCCUGGUGGACCUGGCAGGCAGCGAGCGGGCGGCGAAGACAGGAGCCAAAGACGACCAGCUGAAGGAAGCCAAUUCUAUCAACAAGUCGCUGAGCGCUCUGGGAGACGUGAUCUUCGCCCUGUCCUCAGAGCAGUCCUAUGUCCCGUACCGGAAUAACAAGCUGACACAGGUCAUGCAGGACUCCCUGGGGGGAAACGCCAAAACGCUCAUGUUCGUCAACGUGUCCCCGUCCGACUGCAACGCCGAGGAGACCCUCACAUCCCUCACAUAUGCAACGCGAGUCAAGGCCAUAACUAACAGCGCCCAUAAAAACCUGGAGAGCAAAGAGAUAGCUCACCUCAAAGAGAUAAUCCUGAAGCUGAGAUCAGGGCAGCCGCUGGAGGAGGAAGUGUGAGCUCAUUUCACAGCUCAGUGUUACUGUUCUUACACACAUUUUAUUACAUUCCACACAUGUUCGCAGUCCUAGGAUGUUUAGAAGAGUUUUGCUUUGUUAUUGGCCUAGCUAAGGGCAUUAUUUCACUAAACGACUGUGAAUUAAGUUCAUGUGAAUGUAACAGCUGGCAUUUGGAAAUAUUUGUGAAUAUACUGUACAUAUAUUCAGUUUA